AUGGCGAGCGGGCGUGGGCAGGACUAUGAAAUCGUUGAGCAGAUCGGGAGAGGAGCCUUCGGGGUAACAUUCCUCGUCCUUCACAAGGCCGAAAGGAAGAGGUAGGACAGACUCCUCGCUUCUCUCUCUCUCUCUCUCUCUCUCUCGCCCGCUCGCUCUUUCCCCGAUCUUGUUCAAAUCUUCUUCUCGCGUUUAGGUACGUGUUGAAGAAGAUCCGGCUGGCGAAGCAGACGGAAAGGUUUAAGCAAACUGCUCAUCAGGAGGUAAGAAGACGGGGGGACCGGGAUGAAGACCUAUCCAACUUAUCACUCUAAAGCAUGGGAUGUUCUCUGUACCAGAUGGCUUUGAUCUCCAAGCUGCGUAACCCAUACAUCGUUGAGUACAAAGACUCGUGGGUAGACAAGGUGACUCUCUCUCUCUCUCUCUCUCUCUCUCUCUAUCCAUCUACCGAUGGUAACCCGUUCUGUUGUCUUGCAGGACUUCGUGUGCAUCGUGACGGGAUACUGUGAGGGCGGGGACAUGUACGUCAUCAAGCUAUAUCUUCCACCCUAUUCAUUUACUGUCUGAAAAGCCUGGCUUCGUCGAGUCCAUCGAUUCCGUCUUCGGUUUUAGCGAACGGGAUCGCUGUAGCUCCUGACCAAUGGUGUGUCGCACGUGCGAAAGACUGAGGGUUCCGGUUUUCUCUUGUUCUCUGCAGUGCCGAUAAGAUAAAGAAGGCGAGGGGCGUCCUCUUCAGCGAGAAGGUCAGUCAAGUUCCAUGAAAUCGUGCGCAGGAUUCUAGGCCUUUGCCUGAGGCAAAGAACCUCAUUGAAUGGUCUUCAUUGGCAGAGACUCUGCAAAUGGUUGACCCAGCUCCUCCUCGCCGUUGACUACCUCCACUCUAACCGGGUCCUCCACCGAGAUCUCAAGGUGAGCGAGUCUUCCAUGUAUUCCCUCUCGCCUGAAGCCUUACGGAUUUGUUCUCGGGUGCUCUCAAGUUCUCUUCUUUGCCCCCGCAGUGCUCUAACAUAUUCAUAACCAAGGAUGAUGACAUCCGACUCGGUAAGAGCUCUCUCUCUCUCUCUCUCUCUCUCUCACUCUCACCUAUCUGGGCUUUCUAGUCUGACGAUGCUUUCUGAUCCAGGUGACUUUGGCCUGGCAAAGUUACUCCAAAGCCAGGAUCUCACCUCAUCAGUAUGGAUUCCCGCCAUGGAUGAUUAGUUUUCAUGCACCAUGGGAAAUCAUCUAUUUCUGUGAUAUAUAGCUUGCUGAAGCGCUUCCCCCCCAUUUCUUCUUCGCGUAGGUGGUGGGUACUCCCAACUACAUGUGCCCCGAGCUGCUUGCAGACAUACCCUAUGGUUACAAGUCCGAUAUCUGGUCCCUGGGUUAGCCUACAACUUACCUCCUUUCUGUCCAUCCAUUUUCAUUUUCUUUCAGCUAGGAUUUUUUUUUUGGACUAUUCUGACCCAGUUCGUGUUUGAUAAGGACUAGCCAGCUUCCCCCCCCCCCCCCCCCCCCCCCCUCUCUCUCUCUCUCUCCCCCUCUCGCACGCUCUCAGUUGACCUGAUUUUCUUGGUCAACCUUCCAGGGUGUUGCAUGUUCGAGAUCGCGGCGCAUCGUCCGGCAUUCAGGGCUCUGGUACGCAAAACAAAGUAACCUCCAUUUAUUGUACAAUUUUAGCUAAAUCAAGCUAAAAAAAUUAUAAAUAUUCAUAAUAAGACAUAGAAUUGACAUUAUAUUCUUUUUUUGGCAAAUUCUUAUUGCAGGAUAUAGCUGGGCUCUUGAACAAGAUCACCAGGUUGACCAUUUCUCCAAUGCCGCACAUUUACUCCUCAGAGCUGUAAGCCCUUCCUCCCUCGUAUGCACUUUUCAUCCUUAAAAUUUCCGAUAUUUUAAAUAAAUUUAAUUCGAUUCCCUACUGUACACAAAAGCUUUCUGGGUUUUUUAGAUCAUCCGUCUCACAUAAACUCGCACUGUGACUUUCCGUAUAUCAGGAAGAGAGUGAUCAAGAUCAUGCUGAGAAAGAACCCGGAGCACAGACCCACGGUGAGCUUCAAAAACCCCACAUGAAUACGGGGAGAGAGAGAGAGAGAGAGAGAGAGAGAGAGAGAGAGAGAGAGAGAGAGAGAGAGAGAGAGAGAGAGAUGCUGAUAGGGGGAGCUGUUUGUUUCAGGCUGCGGAGAUACUGAGGCAGCCCUACUUACAAGAAUACGUCGCCAAGUCCUACAACCCUUCGCCUUUCCUACUUCCGAUCAAGAAAAACGAGGACAUGAUUUCACCGGAGAGGGCGGCGAAGAGCAGCACCAGCAGGCCGUCAUACGGAAAGAGGCCUAAAUCCGGAAGCUAUGGGGAGAUUCCACAGAGGCAGACGGCCAUCGACAUACACGAGGACAUGGCAAGCCCGCAGCUUCCCGUUGUCGACGUCAACCCAGAAGCCUUCUCCCUUCUACAUCAACAUCUUGUGGAGAUCAACGGGUUAUACAUGGUCCAGUCUCGAGAUCAGCAAGAUCAAGGUUACAGGACCGCUCCUGCAGUUAUCGGCGGAGUCGACGAGGAACAUCUACAAGAACGGGAUAAAUCAGAGAUCCGCGACGAUGGAAACCCGAUGCAAUCCAUGGAGACGGUGAAAGUGGAGGAAGGCAAACCAGACGAUGGUUCGUCGGCACAACGUGGGCAGUCUGAGGGGAAGGCUGCCUCCGCUGGCCAGCCAUUGGGAAGAACCAAAACCGAGCUCGAUGAAGCAGGCGGAAAUGGGGAAGAUAACUCCUCAGUCAGUACUCUGACCCUUCUGCAUGGAGACAACCUUCACACUGAAUGGGAAGGGAUGGGGAUCGUCCAGCAAAGGGCCGAUGCCCUCGAGUCGCUGCUCGAAGUGUGCGCGCAGCUGCUCCAGCACGAGAGGCUCGAUGAACUGGCCGGCAUCUUGAAGCCCUUCGGUGAGGAGACCGUGUCCUCCAGAGAGACGGCGAUUUGGCUCACGAAGAGCUUGAUGUCGGUGCCGAAGAGCAAGGGAAGGGAGGCCAUGUGA